AUGUCGCGCAUGGUUAGACACCAACUUCCGGUCCUCAGAUGGUUCUCAGAGGAAAACAAAUUCGAAUGAAAUUACUUUCGAAAUGGGCGUCUUUGAAGUUGUUUCCUAAAGGUUUCUCGAUUUCGUAAUUGUGCAGAUCAGAGACUUCACGAGUUCACGUUCUAGCUAAUGCCAUAGCCAACCAACCUGUCUUUUCCCAGAUAACUGAAGGUGUCUGGAUAUGAUCUGCAGUUGCAGAUGAACUUCUUGUCCAAGUUCUCCUGGAAGCCUUUGACAACAUGGAGAAGAGUUGGGACAGCAUAGAUGAAGCAGGAGACUACUCAACAGAUGAAACUAGAAAUAUACCAAGCUAUUCAUGUCAGAAAAUCACUGAACACAAGGGAGCAGAAGGGGGAGAAGAGGUCCUGACUGACAAAACAUAUAAGAAGAAUAUGGUCGAAUUUAAGGUGAAGAAUGAAGAUGACUCUAGUCCUUUUUCGGACAUCCACAGUCAUUCAAAGAUCAUGGCUCAAGAUCUUCAACGAGGGGCAACAGAAGUCAUCCAAGAUAAGUGUUCCCCUUUCUUAGAAAGAUUAUGCCCUGUGGGCCUAACCAAUGUUCAGGAAAGUUGUAUUUUGGCUUCUGGAUUUGAUGUAAAAAAGAAGACCAAUAGAGAUUCUGCUGCAGUGGGGAUCGGUACUAUAGUUUCUUUCUCCCCCUUUUCAAGCAAUCUGUCAAAAAAUAUAAAGGGAACUGUCACACAGUCACCCAUAGACCUUGAGUUACAGCAAUCUUCUUUAUCAGACUCUUCUCUAAGUGACCCCGGACAAUAUUCAAGAGCGGUAGUGGAUGUGAAAGCCUAUGCUGAUGUAUCCCAUCAAAUGUUAACACUUUUGGAAACCAAAAAAGGAAAAGAGAAAAUAUCACUUUUGCCUGUGAUGGAAAAGCAACAAAAGCGAAAAGUUGGUCAGCCAUAUAAGAAAACUCUAGUGAAAAUGGCUAAACUUUCAGCAAUUGCCCAGAAAUGGGAUUCAGAUGCUACAGAAAUAUCCAGGGUGACUCGCAAUAAGGAUAAUCUAACACCCUCAUGCAAACAAACGGAUGAGAAGAAAUGGGAUGAAAUGUUAGAAUUUCCCCCAACUACCUCAAGUGCCACAAGCUUUGGAAGCAAUUCAACAUCUGAUUCUUCAAACCACCUUACUAUUUCACAUUCAGAUGACAUAUCUAAAUCUCAAGUAACUGGACAAAGCAUUUCUAUGGAAUUUAUCCAACCGCCCAGAGGACAGAGAACUUCAAAGACCACACAAAAAGCAGAAGAAGAAGUCCCGGCGCUGAAAUUGACCACUGCCGCAGAGGGGAAAGAUUCUCCUAUAGUACAAGCUCUGGCACAAAACACAUUGGUGCUGUCGGAAACUGUCUGCUCGUUUGAUGAUAACACAGAGGAUGCAUUGAAAGUACAAAAGAUACCUGGAAAAAAUACAGCAAUAACGUCCAAAGCAGGAAAUAGAAGGACUCAGGCGUUCAAAAGAAACAGAAUGACUCCGAGCAGCCUCUUGACCACUCAGUCACAGAGUAGCAGCGCUACACCCCAAGAAAAUUGUAAUUUGGGACUCUCUCAAGAUGCAACUCCACUACAAUCAUCUGACAUAAAAACAGAGCCCAAAUUCUUUUCAGACACUGGUGUCUUGGAUGUCGAGAACAAUUUGAAGGAACCCCGAAAAAGAGAACCCUCCAAAAACUUUAUAGAAGGGAGUGGUAAAAGUCCUGGUGUGAUGUCUAGAUGCUUUGACUUGUCUAUCACUCAAAAAGACCAGGAGGCACCAAGUGACAUAAGGAGGGAAAUCAAAUAUAAUGUCACUGCUAACACAUCAGCUGUAGGAAACCAGGGGGAAAUGACUCCGAGAACUCAAGCUCUCUCAGGACUGAAGAGUAUUGAGGAUGUGCUGAAAUUGAAGCGGAAAGCUGGUCGACCAUUCAAGAAAAAGACAUUGUUUAAAAUGGCUAAACUGCUAGCGAUAGCACAGGAAGGUGGAUCUAAUGAUACGGAGAACUGUGGCAUGAUUGAAGAGUGUGUUCCAAAAUUCCAGCAGGUCCCUGCCUAUCACCCCCCCAAGUCAAAAGUAAAGAAGACGGAUACAAGAACCGUGGCAUCAAAUUCACCUACAAGCACCUCAAGAAAAUCCAGCAGAACGUGUAAAACAACCCCAAAAACUGUUCAAAAGAUGCAAAUCCUCACACACACGCCCACCCAACCAGUGUUACCAGUUUCAUCCUAUCUUAUUGAACCCAUUCUCAAAUUGGAGGACACAACUCUUAUCUCACCGUUGUCUGUCAUUCCUCUAUGUAGUGCAGAUAUUUCCCCUCAACAGGAAAGUCACAGAGGUGGAAAACCCCUGAAGAAAAACACACCAUUUUACAAAAACAUGACCACUGCAGUCCCACAUCCUCCAAUAUUUGCACUAGAUUCCAAGGCCCUUGCUGAGAUUGCUUAUACAGGGAAUGACAAAGAAACAAAGAAAGACAUUGGAUCCAAAAGUAAAUGCAAACGGGUGCCUAGAACUCGUGGUGUAUCAGAAUUGCCGUGUACAAAUGGAUUUCCUCAGGGAGAUAUACAUACCCAGACUAAUAGGGAUGAGGUGUAUUCCAAGACUUCAGCACCUACUGUGCCACACUCCCAGAAAUCACGGAAACGUGGGGUUCAACAUAAAAAAGGUACAGAAAAGGCACUUGUCCUAUUAUCUGAUCAAACUGCCCUUCCUGUUUCAGAUUGCCAGUUGCAGGUGCAAAAUCACAGUGCAUCUCAGGAAACGCCUUUACUGCCAUCAAAGAUUGAGACAGAAUCUGACACUGUAUACCCGACACCGAGAACGGUUACAAAGAAUAUUCCAAAGAUGUGUAAGGCAAGAAACAAACCUUUACUGAAAGUUGAGAAAGCACAGGUGCCAACUCUGGAUCCUUCCCUUGUAGUGGAACAUAUGCGUCCCGAUGAGCCAGAAGUGGAUCAAAUGAGACAAGUGGAAGCAGUGAUAGAGUCAGUAAUUAAAGAUGUUCACCAACCACUGGAACAUGUGGAUCAAAGAAACAAAAAUAAAGAAGAAGCCAGCAAUGUUUCUGCAUCAACUCUGGAUUCUUCACUUGGAAUGGAACAUAUGCGUCCUGAUGUGCCAGAAGUGGAUCAUACAAGACAAAUGGAAGCAGUGAUGGAGUCAGUGACCGAGGAUCUACACAAAAAAGAGGUCAGUGAUAUUUCUGCAUCAGCAUACUCAACCUUUCCUUCCUCGGAUAACCUGUUUGAACAACAUAACCAUAGUACAUUAUCUCAAUCGCCUUUGCUGACAUUAGAAAUAAAGACAGAAUCGGGCAGAAUCAAGAAUGCCCUACCCAAAAAGUCGAAAAUAUGCAUGAAAGAGAAACAUACGUCAAAAAGCCUAUUGAAAAAUCAUAAGAAAGCAUCUAUGCCAACUUCAGGUCCUUCAUCUGACACAGUGCAUGCGCCAUCCAAAAGAGUUAAGAAGAAUUCCACUACUUGUCAAGAAAGAAAAAUACCUUCACAGAAAGUUGAGAAAGCACAGGUGUCAACUCUGGAUAUAAACUACUCUGGAGAGAAACAUAGAAGUCCUGAAAUCCCACAAAUGGAUGAAAUGAGACAUGUGGAAGCAUUUAUAGAUGCAGUGAUUGAGGAUCUCCACAAACCACUCAAACCUAAGGAUCAACAAAAAAAGUUAAAAGAAGAGACUGAUAAUGUGGCUCCAUUAGAACCAACAACCUUUCCUGCCUUGGAUAACCUGUUGGAACAGCAUAACCAUAGUAAAUUACCUCAAUCUUAUUUUCUGUCAUCAAGAAAGACAAAAUCAGGCUUGAAACAUACUGUUCCCAAAACGGCAACAAAGAAUAAGUCUAAAGCAUGCUUUAAAGGGAAACUCUCUAAAACUGAUAAGAAAGCAGCUGUACUAACUUCCGAUCCUUCUAUUGGAGGUGAAGAUGGAUAUCUUGAAAUGCCUCCCCACUUUAACCAAGCAGAGAAAGGAGGAAAGAGUGAUGGAAAGAACAAUAAUGAUGUGGUAAAGCAUGAAAUAUCAAUGACAGAUUACCAUUUGGAAACAGCAGCCCACAAACCACAUCAGCGUAAAGGGCCAAGAAAGAAGCUAAAAAAAGAGGACUGUAGUGUUUCCAAACCAGAUCAAGUAGAAUCCACUAUCUCAGACAGCCAGCUAAAACAGCAUGUUUCUUUGCUAGCAUCAGAGACAAAGACAGAAUCAGGAAUGGAACAUAUCAUACCUGAAAUGGCAACAACAAAUAAGUCAAAAUCAUCCAGGAAAAGAGACCUCCCUUUAAAAGCACCCCCAGCAAACGCUAAAAGAGCAGCUAUGCUAACUUCAAAUCCUUCUCUUGGAGCAGAAGAUGGAUGUCUUGAAAUGCCUCCCAACCUUAUCCAUGCAAAGCAAGGAGGAAAGUGUGAUGGGAAAAGCAAUAACAAUGUAGUUAAACAUAAAAAAGAAACAGUGACAUCAGUGAUGGAAAAACAUAUGGAAACAGAGCGCAAACCACGUAUGGGGUCAAAAAAGAAUCUGAAAGAAGAGGACAGCAAUGUUUUCAUAUCAGAACAAUCAGCAACUCUUACCUCAGAUAAACAUCCCAACCAAGUUUCUUCGCUGGCAUCAGAGAUCAAGUCAGAAUCUAACAGUGGAUGUGUCACACCCACACAAAAAAAGUAUAUUUCAAAGGCAUGCAAGAAAAUGAAGAUAACUCCAACCCCACCAAGUUCAAAACUUUCUCUUGGAAUGGAAUAUGGAUACUCUGAAAUGGCUACCAAUUUCACACAUGUGGACCAGGUUCAGAAUAUUCUUGAUACUUAUAAAAUCUCCAAAGUGAGAAAAAAAAUUACUGGAUCAAGCUGUCCAAAAUCCAAUCGAAGAAAUUCCAGACUGCCCUACACAUCUAAUUCACAUAUCACAACUGAGUCGAUGCAAGAUCAAGUAAUUCUAUCGGUUGCAUCAGAUCUCACCAAUAACCCUACCCAUAUCACAGAUGACAACAUGUCUCUCAAAUUAUUAUCAGCAUUUGUAAAAGAGGAACUCAUUGAGGAAGAAAAAAGCCCAGAAAAUAGGGGGAAAGAAGACGGCAAAGGGAAGAAAGGCAAAAUUCUCAAAAUAGACGAUGUGAAUCCACAAAGUAAACACAGCCAAUCUCAGGUGAAGGAUGGCAACGCAUUAACAGAUGACAAAUUAAUUUUACAAGUCCCUAUAGAUGAAGCAGGGGGCUCUAUGUCUAUUGCAAUAGACACAAUCAGUACUGUGAUUCCAAAACGUAAAAAAGGUGGUUGUUUUUCCAAGAGAUUGCAAAAAAUGUCAUCUACCACCAACGUUCCCAGUGAACAGCAAUGCAGUAAUAUGUCCCCAGAAAAAACAUCUCUGUGUGUCAGCAAUAUAUCAGAAAUACAAAGAAAGCGAAAAGUUGACACCAGAAGUACUGAUUUUGUUAAUGCAGAUAUAAAAGUCCUAAAUCCUAAAGAUGAUCUUAGUGAUAGCUCUGUAUUAGUGGACUCGUCCUUACUGGAGAAUCAGAGAAUGAAGAACAAGGGUAAGAAAAAAUCCAAGACAAUUACGGAAGAACCGACAGUGGCCACAUCAGUUGUAAAAGAGAUGGUGGGGCAAGAUUUUCAGACCACCAUAACAGCACUGAAAAAUAAACAAGGUCGGCCAUUCAAGAAAAGAACUUUGAGAAUGGCAAAACGGCUGUCAUGUGGAGAGCAGAAGUCAAACACUAGCGGGGAACUUUCUGUGAAUAAGACACAGAGCUGUAAAUCAAAGGGAACUUCUAAGGGAGGGAAAAAGCACAAUUUGAACCCAGCGUCGUCAACCUUAAUAAGGCACACUAAAGCAUCCAAGGCAAUGAAGAUUGAAGACAUUGCUCUUAAACAAGAGCAAGAUGACAUAUGGGAGAUCGUUGAUGUAUCCAGCAACAUUUUCUCCUCACAAACUGUGACUAUUUCCCCCAGUAUUUCAGGGCAAGAAUUUGAAAUAUCUUCAGAAACAAUGUUCUCUGUUGAUGCAGGGCCGAUACAAGGAAUCCAGCCAAUUGAAUCUACCCAAUUAACACCCCAUCUCACAAAAUUACCUCAUAAAGUGACUGGCGUUAAGAAGAGACGCAGGAGAAAUAAAACUGGAUGGGCUACAAAAGUGAAAUCCAAACGACCACUCUCCAAAGUGAACUCCGGGGAUAGGCUUGACGUUUUGAUUCAGUCUACCAUUGACAAGACUGGACUCAACACUAGCCUCUGUAAUUCGUUAAUGGAAAAUUACACAUUGGAAAGUGUUGAACAAGAAGAAUGUAGAGCACAAGAAGUGAAAGCAGUAACAAAUGAUUACAAUGUAGUUAAUGUUAGGGAGAUCAACUGUGGAGAUCAACUCCUAACAGCUCGUGCUAAAUUACAGCAUUCAAGUGUACUUCAACAAAAUUUUAAGACGAGGAAACCAAUGUCAUGCCACUUCUGUGGUCGCUCAUUUCGUCACAUAUCAGCAUACACAAUUCACAAGCGCAUUCACACAGGUGAGAAGCCUUACAGGUGCCAGAAGUGUGGCAAGAGCUUUGCUCAGCUCUCCAAGCUCAACUCGCACUCAAACAUCCACAAACAACAUGGACUCAUGCAAUGCCCAUGUUGCGUCACUCAGUCUCCAAACAAAGAUGACUUGAUUGAUCAUUUAAAGAUCCACAUGAAGGGCACCAAGAGGUUCAGCUUGAUUAAUAAAACGAGAAGAGCCAGAGAAAUUCAGAUCCAAUCUUGCACUGAUUAUAUAGAUUCCCCAGUCUCUCUUAAUGGCAGGAAAACCCUUAGAUGCUCCACUUGUUUCAAAUAUUUUUUCAGCAAGGCCACAUUGAAGAUGCACCUGCAAACACACAGUGGAGUGAGUCGUUUCACCUGCAAAGUCUGUGGCAAGAUGUUUAGCAAGUUCUUAAGUUUCAAUGCACAUGAAAAAACACACUGGCCUGUUAAACCGUAUGCCUGCUCUGUGUGUGGAAAAGGCUUUGCUCUGCUUAGGGAGCUUAAAACCCACUCUCAUAUGCACUCAGGAGAGAUGCCUUUCUUCUGUAACCAAUGUGGACAGGCCUUUAGCGUCUUCUCAUCCUUGCGCACACAUCAAGUUUCCAAAGUGUGUUUUGAGGCUAGAUAUGAAGGAGAUGGAAACAAGGUUGACAUUGAGGGGUUCCUGGUGGAGCAAAGGACUGAUGGGCAGAUUAAUACCCCGAUGUACUUUAAAUGUCAGAUUUGCAAACAACUUAAUCGUCACUGGUGUCAGUACAUUCUUCAUCUACAAACGCACACUAAUAACAGGCCAAACCUUUGUGAGGUCUGUGGACAACGGUAUGACCAGGUCACUGAAUUAUGUGUUCAUUGUAAAGUUUGUUGCAAAUCAAGUGGAGAGGAGAGGGCAUGCAUUUCGUCCUUGUCACAGGUCUGGUAUGAACCCCAAUCUCUGCAGAAUCAGACGCCUGAGCCUGAAAUUGAUUCUCUGUACAAUGAUAGUCAGGAAAUGUUAUCUUUGGAUGACCAGCAUCCCCAAUGUAAGGAGCCUGAGCCUCUGCCACCUCCGGAAACUAUGGAGGAGUAUUCCUCUGAUGUGCUCCCACAAAACCCCAAAUCUGCUUGCCAGACCCCAGACCCCAGACCCCAUCCUUCUCCCUCAAACUCCAUGUGUGCAAGUCCUGCUCUAUCUUCCCCUUCUGUAAUGAGAUGUAAUUCCGUACGUGUGGUUCAACAGCCUGCAGGUGUUCGCUCUUGUUUACAGACCCAUGCCCCUUGUGACAGGUAUUCAUGUGGACAAUGUGGAAAAUCCUUUAACCAGUGGAACAAGCUCUGGUUGCAUCAGGGACUACACAGAGAAAAACGCUGUAGCUUCUCAUGCAAUCAGUGCAAUUUAGAGUUUCGCUUCUUUGGCUCCUAUAGGGAGCACAUGCAGGAACAUGCAGCACAGAGACCAUAUGCUUGUCCAUUAUGUCCCAAAACCUAUGUCAUUGAAGAAGACUUAAAAACCCAUCUGUGUGAAAAUCACCAGCCGCGUGAAAGCCUGAAAUGUGACACGUGUGGAAAGGAGUUCACCGGUUUCAGAAACUUGGAGAAACAUCGUCUUUUACACAGAGGUGCUAGCUCGCACUACUGUCUCCCUUGCAUGCUCCCAUUUCCUAGUAACCAAGCCUUACAGAAUCACUUGAAGGCUCACGAAGCCCGCCCUGUUAUCCCUCUCCCUAAAGGGCCAUUGGAACCACUUCUAUUUCCAUAUCGCUGUGGAAAAUGUAAUGCCAGAUUUACAACCACAGACUUGCUCCAAGCCCAUCAGGUUUGCCAUCUAAUUGGGGGGAAAAAAGCAUAUAGCAGCAGUUCAGCUAAUUAUGUUUCUGCAUUCCUUACCUCCAAGCUUUCAAACAAGCCAAGACAGAGAGUCACGCUGCUAUCCCCUCAGACAAUACCAAUUCCUCCGUCAAAGAAAAGGAACAUGUAUAGGUAUCCUAACCCUGAUCGUCUUUAUGUCGUCCCUAAAAUAUCCUCACAGCCAUCAGUCAUUAUUUCAGACACAGAAGAAGAGCCUCAAGAGCUUCUAAACAUUAGCUUAUCCUCAGUCUACGACACACCCUGUAACACUGUGUCCCUUGAACAUGAAGGGCAAAUCAUCCCUAGCAAUGAUUGUUGUGAGGCAAGCAACUCCGAUUUACCUCAGCCCUCAUAUCCCUCCUCAUGUGUUCUUACUGAUGAACCGACUCAAUGUGCACCAAAGCCCCAAACAGACACCACACACAUGCCGACAGAUGAACCACCCUCACCCUGUCCCCUGGAUAAAGGUCCUCAGAAUGUACCAGCCCAAAUACGAGACAAGUCUAAGGGUGAUCAUGAUGCUUUCUUUAGAGCCUCAACAUUUGUGAUACCAAGGGGCAAAAAGUGGGGGUAUGAUGCCUUUGAGUGUGCGGAUUGUUGGGUAACAUUUAGUGACGUCUCAGAGCUACAUGAGCAUUACAUACAUCAUGCCAGGGGGGUGAAGUGAAUGUCAAUACAUAUUUUCACAAUUCCACUAUUGUAUAUAAUUGCUUUUGAUGAUAUUGGUCUGAAGAGUACGAUAUCUGUUUCUGAGUUAACCAUAGUUGUCUUAAUAGCUAUAGCAAUGGUUAAAGGAAUAAUCCACACAAAACCCCUAAUUACUAUGAUUUACAUUGUUAAAUAACGCCUUUUGCAUUUUGUCGUUAUAAGGCAGGAAGCAACAUAUGAUAAUUGUUGUAGGAAUCUGUUGGCGCUCUCUCUGGACAGGAUUUCUGGCUAGCUACAAAACAUAGCUACACACGAUAAUAUCAAAAUCAAUAUCAGCAUGUGAAGUAGCUAGUCAGCUGUAAAAUCCCUGAAACACACUAUUAAUUUUAGGAGUUACAAUCUCACCAUGUUCAACCUGCUCAACUUGCUCAAAAUAGUGAGUGGGGUUGCUAUGGCAAUGCAAUGACCCUGCCUGCACUGCGAAGGUCGCUUUGCGUGAUGGUAGCUAAAGGACAUUGAUCUGACGGUGCACUUUGAGUUUGAAUGAAAUAUAUACUUUGUCAUGACAAUAUAGACUGUUGGAUGUGUUCUAGACUAGUAUGUCAAUGUCAUCUAUUGUCUGAUUUGGCAAUCUGGAGUGCAGGUAAUUGUUUUAAAAGAAUUAUGAAAUAUGCUAGUUUGUUAUUGCCUGUCUCCAAAGACAAAAACUUUAUCGUGAUGACGCGGCACAACACAAUUUCGGACCAGAAGUUAAAUCAUGCCAUGGUGAAAAUAAUCAUAGAACAGACUAUCACCAAUUUGAGAGGUGUUUCAUUCCUUCAGUGGAUUAUUUGUUUAACGUUGACAUGAACUUUUUUUCCUUAAAAAAUGUAUUAUUUAUAUUAUUUGAAUAUAUCCAGGGAAUACGUUUUUCUCCCCCCCACCCCCAAAUUGUACAGUACUACAAAAAUGUGCCUUUUGAAUAGAUUACGAACUUGUCGUACUUUUAAACUGUUACUCCAAUCUGUCCUGUUUUAUUUGUUCUCUUUUUGGAAGAGCAUUUGAAAAGUACCCCUUUCAGACCCCUUGACUUUUUCCACAUUUUGUUUCAUUACAGCCUUAUUCUAAAAUUGAUUCUAUUUUUUCCCCCUCAAACAAUAUACACACAAAACACCAUCAUGACAAAGCAAAAGCAGGUUU